AUGCCGGACUCCGACAACGACUCCGGCGGGCCGAGCAACGCGGACUUCUCGUCGCCCAAGGAGCAGGACAGGUUCCUGCCGAUCGCGAACGUGAGCCGGAUCAUGAAGAAGGCGCUGCCGGCCAACGCCAAGAUCUCGAAGGACGCCAAGGAGACGGUGCAGGAGUGCGUGUCCGAGUUCAUCUCCUUCAUCACCGGCGAGGCCUCCGACAAGUGCCAGCGCGAGAAGCGCAAGACCAUCAACGGCGACGACCUGCUGUGGGCCAUGACCACGCUCGGCUUCGAGGACUACAUGGAGCCGCUCAAGCUCUACCUGCACAAGUUCCGCGAGCUGGAGGGCGAGAAGGCCGUCGGCGCCGGCGGCGUUGGCGCGUUACCCUCCCCCGGCGGCUCCGGCUCGCAGCAGAGGGAGUCGACGCCAAGGAACAAUGGCGGAGGCGGUGAGGCCGGCGGCUACGGCGGCAUGUACGGCGGCCCCGGGGCAGGGGGAGGCGGCGGCGGCGGCAUGUUCAUGAUGAUGGGGCAGCCCAUGUACGGGUCCCCGCCGGCGGCAGGGUACCAACAUCCGCAGCAUCACCACCAGAUGAUGACGGGAGGGCAAGGCGGGUAUGGCUACGGCGACGCCGGCGCCGGCGGCGGGUCUUCGUCGUCCUCACCGUUCGGCAAGCAAGACAGGGCAUGA